CUGUUCACAAACCUCCUUUGUGCUUUGCAGGACGGAAAUGGGCGCAAAAUCGCCUUGGAAGCUUCCGGCCAUCGAUUUCACGAAGCCGGAACUAAAACCGGGCACCGAUCAGUGGGAUUCAGUGAAGGGCCAAGUCGAACAAGCCCUUCAAGAGUUCGGUUGCUUCGAGGCUUUGCUCAACAACGUCCAUUCAGAGAUUCGGGAAACAACAUUUGGAGCCGCGGAAGAGCUUUUUGAUCUUCCCCUGGAAAUCAAAAGUCGCAAUGUUUCCAAACAGCCUUACUAUGGUUAUAUUGGCCAAGACCUUAGAAUACCAUUCUUCGAGGGCAUUGUCUUUGAUGAUGCACAGAUUCUUGAAAACGGUGAAGCCCAGACUCGUACGUUUUGGCCUCAAGGAAAUCCAAGUUUCAGGUUCUAAACUUAAUAGUUUUCCUGUAAUUUCUGCUUCUGCUCUUGAUAAAUCUUAAAACUGCGUAUGUGUUCGUAUGUAUUGACAGCAAAACUAUACAAUCCUUCGCAAAUGGGUUAACGGAGUUGAUUCAUAUGAUAAGAAGAAUGAUAUUAGAGAUUUUCCAAGUGGAAAAUUACA